GCAAAGGGAAAAGCAACACUAAAACAAAACUCUCAUCAGUCCUCUAAUUUGCUAUUUUUCUCAAAUCUCCGACAAUGAACGUGAUGGAAUCUGGUCCGGCUAAAAGUAGUAGCUUAAUGAGCCCCGAAUCUGAUAUUCAACAUACACAGUUUCCAUAUGUGACUGGGACAUCGGUAGUCGGCAUCAAGUACAAGGAUGGUAUUCUCUUGGCCGCUGACAUGGGAGGUUCCUAUGGUUCAACGAUACGUUACAAGAGUGUGGAGCGAUUGAAGCCAGUGGGAAAGCACUCCCUUCUUGGUGCAAGUGGUGAAAUUAGUGAUUUUCAGGAGAUAAUGAAGUACCUUGAUGAGCUUAUCUUGUAUGACAACAUGUGGGAUGAUGGGAACUCCUUGGGUCCCAAAGAAGUGCAUAACUAUCUAACACGUGUGAUGUAUAAUCGUCGCAACAAGUUCAACCCUCUUUGGAACUCACUUGUGCUUGGUGGAGUGAAAAAUGGACAAAAAUAUCUUGGAACGGUUAGUAUGAUUGGUGUGCAUUACGAGGACAAUCACAUGGCUACUGGAUUUGGGAAUCACCUUGCGAGGCCCAUUCUCCGUGACGAAUGGCAUGAAAACUUGAGUUAUGAAGAAGGUGUUAAGUUAUUGGAGAAAUGCAUGCGUGUGCUUUUGUAUCGAGACAGAUCUGCAGUCAACAAGCUUCAGAUUGCAAAAAUCACAGAAGAGGGUGUAACAAUUUCUCAGCCAUACUCAUUGAAGACUUUCUGGAACUUCUCUGCUUUCCAGAAUCCAACUGUUGGUGCUGAGGGGUCAUGGUAAUAAGUGGUUAGGUUUGAUGAAGGAAAUACAUAGGCAUCGUGUGUUGCAGAUUUGGAAUUCUCUACAUCUUCAUGGAAGCGAUGUUUGACAGAACCUGUAUAAUUUGAAUUGUCUAUGGUGUUUCUAGGCUUUUUCCUUGUGUAAACUAUGAAGAACCUGAUGCUUCACUUUUCCUACACUAUGUGGAAUCUUAUCUUCCGAAGUUGUACUGUGUUUAUGAUAAAUUGCAAAUUUCUUUGGCA